AUGCAGCGGAGGUCAAGAGGGGUCAACGCGGGGCUCCUGAUGCGCCUUUCUCAAGUGUUCCAUGUUGGAAUCAACAAUAUUCCACCCGUUACCCUGGCAACCUUGGCUGUCAACGUCUGGUUCUCCCUGAAUCCUUUGAAGUCCCUGUACCAUUCCUGCCUCAGUGUGGAAAAGUGUUACCACCAAAAAGACUGGCAACGUUUAUUGCUCUCGCCCCUGCACCGCGCAGAUGACUGGCAUUUGUAUUUCAACAUGGUGUCCGUGCUCUGGAAAGGAAUAAAGCUGGAGGGAAGACUGGGAAGUAGAUGGUUUGCCUACGUCAUCUCUACACUCUCCCUGCUCACCCGGGUGGUGUAUUUACUCCUCCAGUUCGCCGUUGCUGAAUUCACGAAUCAGCCUGGCCUCAGAAGGAACUGUGCUGUCUGUUUCUCAGGAGUUUUGUUUGCCUUGAAAGUUCUUAACAACCAUUACUGCCCCGGAGCCUUUGUCAACAUUUUGGGCUUUCCUGUUCCCAAACAGUUUGCUUGUUGGGCAGAGCUGAUGGCCAUUCACUUCUGCACUCCAGGAACUUCCUUUGCUGGGCGUCUGGCCGGCAUUCUCGUUGGACUGAUGUACACACGGGGGCCUCUGAAGAAAAUCAUGGAAGCAUGUGCAGGCAUUUUUUUCUCCAGUGUUGUGUAUCCAAGACAGCAGUGCCACUUUAACGGCGCAGGCCCCUCUGGAUAUCAGAAUCACUCCCGAGAUGGCAGAGCAGGGGCCUGUGGAGAAACUCAUAGGAGCUGUGAUGUGUACACAGCAGGGCUAAGCAAGGAGGAGCAGCUGGAAAGAGCAUUGAGAGACAGCCUUAUGGACCAAAAGAAUGCCAGACAUGGUCCAGCACCGUAUGGGUUCCGUCUCACGCCAGAAGAAGAAAUGAGGAGACAGAGUCUUCCUAGAUCUGAUGGCCAGCGAUGUGGCGCCAUGCCCGGGAAGCCACGGUCCAGCUGUGUGAUCAUAGCCCAUUCAGUUUACUCCCCAAGCCCCUGA